UGCACUUCCGGUUUUCGGCCACAGCAAGGUCGUCCAAAAUGAUGUCUUUGGUAGCAACAAAAAGUGGUGUAAUACCAAAAUCACUUCUGAAGGCACUGACUCCAAGAUUACUAUGUGCAUCUCAAGUCCAAGUGUCCCAGGUUCAAGUUGCUCACAAGUCUGAUUUUGUGGAGAUGGUUGACAACUGGAAAAAGGCCAGAGAUCUCUUCUAUGGUCCUGAAAGAGACAUGAAAAACUUCCCCACAAUAAAACAACAAGCAGACUCUCCGAAACUUCGACAUGAUUUUCUACCUGAUGCUUGGUUUCAAUAUCUGUAUCCUAAAACAGGAGCCUCCGGUCCUUAUUUUUUGAUUACUGGGUUUUUGGGUUUCAUGUGCUCAAAAGAAUAUUUUGUUUAUGAUGAAGCUUUUCAAGGAGCCCUUGUCAGUCUUGCACUAUAUGUCAUAUUUAAAUCAAAAUAUGAAAAAAAAGUGGUGGAAAGAUAUAACGAAUAUACCAAGGGAUUAAAUGAAGCCAGAUUCAUUACUCCUCUACAAGAAUUAAAGGACCAUUGUAAUCAAGACAUGAAGAAUGCACAGAAAGAGUCCUGGCAUGCUGAGGGCGAGACUUAUAUGUUCGAAGCUAAAAAGGAAAAUGUUGGUUUACAGUUAGAGGCUGAAUACCGACAAAGACUUCAAAACAUACAUCAAGCUGUUAAAAAUCGACUGGACUAUCAAGUAGAUGUUGUAAAUACCAGGAAACAUUUUGAACAAGAACAUAUGGUGAGAUGGAUAUUGGAUGGUGUAUUAAAGGGAAUUACGCCCCAGCAGGAGAAAGAGAGUAUAAAUGCCUGUUUACAGACCUUGAAAGGACUAGCUGCUACUGCUAAAUAGAUUAUACCUGAUUUAAACAUCAUAUUUCUGGAUUUGUUAUUUAUGUAAACAUGGAAAAUUGUAGAUUAAAAAAUUAUUCCAUCUAUGUUUUGUAUUUGAGAAUCCAAUAUGUGCUGAUAUAGAUUGUGGUACUUUUAGUGUAGUUUGCAAAGAGAAUUCGCAUGUUCAAUAAUAUAUAUUCUGAAACUUGGUUAAAAUGAGUCUCUGUUCAUCAGCAGACUUACCUGGUGUCAUAACUAUACAACAAUAUAAUCCAAUAAAUCCAUAAAACUAAGUAAUAAUUCAUUAAACUAGGUAAUUUUGAAACAUGCUCAGAAAUGUUUUUCAAUAAUAAUUUAGUUUAAUGGAUAUAUCAGCUUAUAAUAGAGAUUCUUUUCUUUAGUCAUGACACCUGGUAAGUCCAACUGAUGAAUAUAUACACUUGUUGAUCAAUUUGAAGACCUUAAAUUUAAUGUUCAUUUAACAGUCUUCCAUUCUGCAACACGUUUAUAAUUU